AUGUCAGGCAUAUGUGAUGCGGACAUCGCGCCUGUGUAUAGUGAAGGCGAAGAGGAAGCGUUCAGACGACUUCACGAUGAGAUUCGGAAGCUGAAAGACUGCCUCCGUGAUCUACGUUCCAGUGAUCCUCGUGACGAUAAGAAGCGCAUCGAGGACACAAAAGGUGGACUGCUAGCAGACUCGUACCGCUGGGUUCUAGACAAUCCUGCUUUCCAACAAUGGCAACAGGACCCGCACAGCCGGCUGCUAUGGGUAAAAGGCGAUCCCGGUAAAGGCAAGACGAUGCUGCUCUGUGGCAUCAUCAACGAGCUGCAGAGUUCGAUGCCGCAAAGUGCCCUACUGUCGUACUUCUUCUGUCAAGCGACUGACGCGCGCAUCAACAGUGCCACGGCCGUGCUACGAGGGCUGUUGCACAUGCUUGUGACUCAGCAACCGUCGCUUGCGUCGCACGUCCGCAAGAAGCACGACCACGCCGGCAAAGCCUUGUUCGAAGAUGCGAAUGCCUGGGUCGUCUUAGCAGAGAUCUUCGAGGCCGUGCUCCAAGAUCCAAGCCUAAGGAUGACAUACCUAGUCGUCGACGCGCUAGAUGAAUGCGUCACCGAUCUGCCAAAGCUGCUAGAGUUUGUUGCCAAGCAGUCGUCUGCAUCUUCUCGCGUCAAGUGGAUCGUCUCUAGUCGCAACUGGCCAGACAUCGAAGCACAGCUAGAGCGGGCAGGACACAAAGUAAAGCUGAGCCUUGAGCUGAAUGCGCAGUCAAUUGCGGCUGCCGUUGACGUCUUUAUACAGCGAAAGGUAGAUCAGCUAGCGCAGGAAAAGCGAUACAAGAUAGAGGUUCGACAUGCCGUACUUCAGCACUUGAAGUCAAACGCCAGCGAUACCUUCCUCUGGGUAGCGUUGGUGUGUCAGGACCUUAAAACGACGCCAAAGUGGAACGUGCUAAAAAAGCUAGCCCAAUUCCCGCCUGGGCUAGAUGCCUUGUACAAGCGGAUGAUGGACCAGAUAAGCGAGUCUGACAGCGCCGAGAUCUGCCUGCAGGUACUAGCUUCGACUGCGAUCCUGUAUCGGCCUGUUGCGGUCCCUGAACUGGUUGCGCUCGUGGAGCAGCUUGAGGACUUGGACGACCUGGAGUCGGUGCGGGAGAUUAUCGGCUUCUGUAGGUCGUUUCUCACCCUGCGAGAAGAUACAGUCUACUUUGUGCAUCAGUCCGCAAAAGACUUUCUCUUUGCAAAGGCUUAUAGCGAAGCCUUUCCCGCUGGAAGCGAAGCCGUUCAUCGGACGAUCUUCUUAAGGUCGCUAGCGAUUCUAUCUAGGACGUUGCAUAGGGACAUGUACAGCUUGGAAGCACCGGGAUAUCCUAUCGAGAACGUCAAACUACCCGAGGCAGACCCGUUAGCAGUGUCACGCUAUCCGUGCAUCUACUGGAUCGACCAUCUGUGCGACUUAGAGCCUAAGUCUUUAGCGAGCAGUGUCGGUAGCCUGCAAGCCGCAGAUGUUGUCGAUAAGUUUCUAAGGAAGAAGUAUCUAUACUGGCUAGAGGGGCUUAGUCUGUGUAAGCGCGUAGGGAAAGGCAUUGUCUCGAUAGAAAAACUGCAGUUGCUAGUGCAGGAGAUGUGUGAUCAAGACAGGCUUACUCAGCUUGUUCAAGACGCACGGCGAUUCAUUAUGUACCACAAAGGGGCAAUUAAAGGUUACCCUCUUCAGACCUAUGCAUCCGCGUUGCUGUUCAGCCCGACAGGUAGUCUCGUCAGACAGCUGUUCAAGCACGAAGAGCCAGAAGCAAUCAGCAUUAGGCCAACUUUAAGCGAGAAGUGGAGCGCGUGUCUACAGACGCUCGAGGGCCAUAGCGAUGAUGUCAACUCCGUGGCCUUCUCGCACGACUCGACGCGGCUGGCCUCGGCGUCCUACGACAACACCGUCAAGAUAUGGGAUGCGAGCACCGGCGCGUGUCUGCACACGCUCGAGGGCCAUAGCAGUUCUGUCAGGUCGGUGGCCUUCUCGCACGACUCGACGCGGCUGGCCUCGGCGUCCAGUGACAGGACCGUCAAGAUGUGGGAUGCGAGCACUGGCGCGUGUCUGCACACGCUCGAGGGCCAUAGCAGUUCUGUCAACUCCGUGGCCUUCUCGCACGACUCGACGCGGCUGGCCUCGGCGUCCUGGGACAGGACCGUCAAGAUAUGGGAUGCGAGCACCGGCGCGUGUCUGCACACGCUCGAGGGCCAUAGCGAUGAUGUCAGCUCCGUGGUCUUCUCGCACGACUCGACGCGGCUGGCCUCGGCGUCCGGUGACAGGACCGUCAAGAUAUGGGAUGCGAGCACCGGCGCGUGUCUGCACACGCUCGAGGGCCAUAGCGAUGAUGUCAACUCCGUGGCCUUCUCGCACGACUCGACGCGGCUGGCCUCGGCGUCCUACGACAGGACCGUCAAGAUAUGGGAUGCGAGCACCGGCGCGUGUCUGCACACGCUCGACGUCGGCAAAGUUCUCUUCCAUUUAUCGUUCGAUCGCAACAGUUCUCGCCUCCUUACUGAAAUUGGGUCUAUCGAUACUCAGAGCUUAGAGACAUCUAGCAUAACAGAUCUCAAAGAACCUGCGCGUCCCUUGCACGUAGGCACUGGCUUUAGCUCAGACCUUAUAUGGAUCCAGCAUGCUGGCAACAACAUGCUAUGGGUACCGUCAGAGUAUCGACCAUCGCACUCGUCUGUGAGUGGGACUAUGGUUGGCGUAGGUGUUGGGUCUGGAAGAGUAUGGAUUUGUAGUAUAGACCUUUAG